GUUAGCAGCCAGAGAGGAAGGGGGAUAAGGAAGUGGUUGGAUCAGAGGACUGGACGUGAUGUUGAUGAUGUCGCCGCCUGCUGUGAUGCACCAGCAGCUUCCAGGAGAGCGCUAGCCGGACCCCCAGACUCCGGUCAUUCCUGACAAUGAGAUGGGUAACUGCUGGGCUUACUGCGUGGGGCUCUUCAGGAGGGAAGCCAACCGGAUCCAGAGAGGAGGCGGGUCAAAGUACUUCCGAAGUUCUACUACCGGAGAGCAUUACACAAUAGAGUUUGAAAAUCUGGUAGAAAGUGACGAGGCUGAGAGCCCAAAGCCCUGUCCGAGGCCCAUCAGUGAAGAUGAGCUCAGUCACCUCAAAGAGCACCGCUACGCUGCUAUCUCCGACAAGCAAGUCCUCAUCGACCAAAAGCUGCGAGUUGAGUUAGAGGCACAGGAGGAGAAGUUAAGGCUAGAAGAGGAGGCUAGAAAUGCCGCCCAGCGCGAGGCCGCCAGGGUGGCUCGUGAACGAAAAAUGAAGGAGCUGUACGCUCAGAGGACGCGGGGGAAAGCAGACGGCUCGGGCGGCGAAACGCAGCAGAGAAAACAAACCUCUGGGGAGGAUUUUGACGUCUACCUCCAGAACGUGAAAGCCCAGUCGGAUGCUUUCAGGAGCAACAGACAUCCCUCUGAAGCGAAUGCAGUGACGCCCAACACGGAGUACAGCUGGGAUUUCACCACUAAGACCCGCUCCACCAACGACGACGGGACAUCGCUCGAUUUAGAGUGGGAGGAUGAGGAAGGAAUCAACCGAGCUCUGCCGGCCUGGGAGCGGUCUCGGACCGAGGAGGACAUCUUGCGGGCGGCCCUGCGGCCCGGCAGCAAACAGGUGACCAGUGGGCCCACCUCGGCCUCCGAGGACUCGAACGCUCUGGAGUGGGAGAACGAUUUUGUGAGUACUCACCCCGAGGACGGUGGCGGCGCCGAAUUCGAAGGGUUCGUCAACCCCGUCCUGGACACCCCCUCAGAGGACGCCUCGGACUCUGGCCUCAGGGCGGAGAACCAGGACAGAUAGUGUCCGGCACCAAAGGAGACCUCACCAGCUUUUUGCCUCAUGAAUCCGAAAUGUCACUUCGUCGUAAUCCGUAAAGGAUCUCUGAUGCUGGAGAAAUUUGGUAAUGGAUCCAACAUAGCAGAGUCUAAAGACGAUUUUUUUUUUUUUUUCCUCAAACGUGUUUUCAGUGCCUUCAUCUGCUACAAUAUCUGACCAUUGAGAAUUGUGACUGUCCUUCCUUUUACCGUUUUAAACGUUCAGAAAGUGCUGCUUUCUUUUUUUUUUUUUUUUUGAUGACGAUCAGUGCUUGAGUGACCGAACUGAAACCAGGUUGUUGGCAGGAAACUUUAACAUGACCGGUAACUGUAAAACCAAACGGAUGCUUUAGGAGAACAAGGUGUUGGUUUAGCCAACAGAAAGACAAAGUGUCACUUUUACAUCUCCGUGUCUGAAGACCAAAUGCAGCUCUGAGUCCGGAUGAGCGUCACGCAAUUCUUUUUAUUAUUAUUUAUACAAAGGGAAUAUCCAGAAGUCAAAAUUUUACCCUCUCAAUUUUGUUCAGUACAGUAAAACAAAAACUGCAGUCUCUGUUCUAGCAAUACAGUUUAAAUCAGAUUCGUACUGAAAGUGUCAGAGUAAACCUUUCCGGAUUUAGAUUAGUGCAGAAUACCAGAAUUAUUUACAAAAAAUUCCCCCAAAAUGUCAAAAAGUUAAGAGAUAACUUUACUUGGCUUUUAUUAACCUGUAUGACUCGGGUCAAACCUUUUGUGGCCGUUUCCACAUAAUUCCCACAAUAGUUUUACUGGAAUUCUGGCACCAUUCCUCCUGACAGAACUGGUCGCCAUGCCAACACAUUGACUGUGUUGUCCUUAAGCCGCUUUGUAACUAAUUUGGCAGUAUGCUUAGGAUAAUAACUCAAUUGCGCCUUAACUUUCGUCUUCUCUGAUGACUUUGCUUCAGCAUUUCCACAUGAAUGUUCUUCCCGCAGACUUUACUGUCUGCUUUGUAAAGCGCACCAGUCAUUGGGACAUUGAAAACCGGAUCGAUUUGUUCCAGAGUGCAUUUUGGGAGCUGUCAUCUGGGUUUUAACGUUGCCUUUGGGAGUCGUGGCCUCUUCCUCUCUGCGCGGCUUUUCAGCCCCGUGUCGGUGCGGGACUCGUUUGGCUGCGGACCGUGUCGCUCGGUCGCCAGCUUCAGCCAGCGUCUUCAGAACGUCUGUUGCUUUCGCCGUGGAGUCGAAUCAACAGAUGUAAAAUCGCUGCGCUACAAGGAAGACUGUGUUUUACAUCCGACCAAGUACAUAAAAAAAAAAAAACAACUACUCUCAGAAUAAAAAAAACGCACUUGUUUUCACGUAGACUGUUUCGCUGCGAUACUCCCAGCACACAGUAAUUGCAUUCAGCCCCCAUUUGGAAGCAGUUCGCCCGGUUCACAUCGGUUCACCCAUGGAACGAACUGGGGAAACGGUUUGGUAACUUCACUUUCAUAGACACUUGGUGGAGAAAGGAUCUUCUGUCUCUAAAUGUCAGAGGUCCACCCUGCUAACUCUGAGCAGAGUUACUGCCUGUGCUUUCCUUUCUCACUGGGUGGGUGAGGCUGACCGGUGCAAUCGAUUUCAAGGCGCACAGCCAACAUUUGAAGGUUUGUUGAUGUUGGGGAGCGGUGAUGUGAAACCGGAAAACAUUCCCUGUAGAAGCUCUACGAGAGGUUUUUGUCCUUUUUAGAUUUUUACCAGGCUCUUUAAAAUAUCUUGACUGACUGGACUGCUCCUGCUACAAUACCCAAAGAUUACCACAUAAUGCAAGUAACUGCGUUUAGUCACACUAUCAAAUGUAUUGGCAUUCGUUGAUUGAAAAGAGUAACGAAAAAAUAACAAUACGGAUGGUUUUGAACUUCAUAAAUUAGAAUUUAUUGUAAUUCUUAUAGGAAAUGUAUCACGAUAAACUAUAAGCGAUACGAUAAACGCCCACACCUACUUUCAAAGUGAGUAUGCCUCGAGGAUUCUUGGAUGAUUUAACCUACAAAUGUUCGUGUUUCAGGGCAACUUGUGUGCAAAACUAUCUGAUUUCAGUGCCGUGUGAAAUCCUGGCAGUUGCAUGCAUACAUCUCUAGAAAUCACAGGACGAUGCCCAGGUUACAUUCAGCUCUCCAUAACAUGGAGGCAGAACAUUACAGAUGUCUGAAAGCUCUAAAAACUAAAUAAAAAAGUCAGCAAUUUCCAUAAAGACAUUUUUAGUUAGUUUUUUUUCUCGCUCUGUAUGCAGUCUUUGUGAUGCGUUCAGCAUCCGUGCGUGCCGCAUGUUAGCCAGCUCCAAUCAGACACGGUGUACCGACGGUGCGUGCCUUCUUCACGAAGAGGAAGCUCUGCUGCUGACUGCGACCUCUCAUCAGAAGGACAGUGCUCUGAAUGUUGGAACCGUCAAAUAUGAAAUUCUGUUCGUCUCAAAUGUUUUCCUUGUUGUUCGGCAGUGUAUCCUGAAAAAUCUGACGCAAAGCAGGAAUCUUAAAAACUAGCCUCUUUUUAAGAUGGUGUCAAAAAUCCAAAGAGCAAUUCAUUAAUGUCAAAUGCCAAAGUGAAUUAGAAAAUCUACGUGGGAAGGCAAAUAAUUUUUUUUUUUAGAGUGGUGAACAUCAAAACGGGAUUUAAAACUUCCACUCAUCCGAUUCCUGUGACGUGUGGUCAAUAGAGGCGCACCGAUUCCAGGUUGUUGUUUUUCUGGCCAAUUGUCGAUCUUUAAAAAAGCCAAUUUUAAGCAGAUGUCAAUUUAUUUAUUUAUUUUUUAAUUAAAAAAAAAAUUAAAUUUUGUUUAGAAAGUUGCUAAAUAUAUAGCGAAAAAGUCAAUCUCGCACGUAAAUAUCAGGCCGACCCAACUGGUCGGUCACCCAAAAUUAAGGAAGUCUGAGUCCGGUUCUUCGGUGCACCCCUGGCUUACAGUAACGCUGUUGGUGUGUAUAAAAUCUGUUGUAAACAAGUUGGUCAGAAAACUGGUCAUAACUGUUUCUUAUAUUAUCACAAGAGGUUUUGUUUAGUUUUCACUCUGAUCACUUUCUUUGCUUGUUUUAGCGGAUCUUGAAACCAACUCUCAUGUCGACUGGUGGGAGGGAGACAAUGACCCGGGGAGUGUGUAGAAGACACACAGGUUCAUUUUCAGCCUUUUUUUUUUUUUUUUAAAUCAGUUGUACUUUACUGCACCAUUUAAUAAUUACAUUUUAGGUUUUGUUGUGAUUGUUGUUUGAAGUUGGCUUAUUGUAAAUUGUGAAAAAAAAAGAAGUAUAAUUAAACAUUCCUUGUCAUGAUGAGUUGAAGAAAAUAAAUUCAUAGUUUUAAA